UCUAUUUCCCAGUUAUUUCCAUCUGAGCUGUCACCCAUGCUGGAAGCACAAGAUAAGAUACUUGCAGCUCUUCAUACAAUAUUCACAACUGUUUUCUGGCGUCUUUCCUGUUGUGUAGCUGUUACUUUGUAUUCCAGUUUUCAGCAGUAGUUGGUGAUGGUAAUUGCGUUCAUCUGAGGUGAUCUUUCCUGAACAGAAAAAAUGAUAACAGUAGAGAAACUGGUCUUUGUUUAUUCUGUAUUUCAAGCUGUGUUGUGUAGAGAAUUCUCCAUCACUCUACCAGAGAGUGUAGAAGCUCUGAGAGGACUCUGUGUUCUCAUACCCUGCAGAUUUCAGAUUGAAGAACAAUACGAUAAAGACCUCCAGAGAGAUCCUACAGGAAUCUGGUUAUUAAACGGCAUUGAUGUUAACAGUAAUAAAGUCUUUAACUCUAAAGUAACUACAGAGAACAUGAUUGAAGGUGAAAUUAUAGGAGAUCUCCUCAUGAAGAACUGCACCACCAUCUUGUAUGAUAUCAGACAAAGUGACAGAGGAAAUUAUUACUUUAGAUUAGAGUAUGAAGGUCUAAAAUACACUUAUAGACCACCAGUAUCUCUAAGAGUGCGAGACUCUCCAAUCAGACCCUCAAUAACACUGUAUAAGGAGGAUCAGGGGGAGGUGGAGGACCAGAAUGAGGUGGUGGAGGGAACUUCAGUGAGUCUCAUUUGCUCUGCUCCAUCUGCUCCAUGUCUCUUAAAUCCUCCCACUUUUACAUGGAACUUCCUGCCUGAGGAGAGAAGACAGGAGCAGAACCACAACACCAGCUUCAGCUCCUCUCAGCUGAACUUCAAUGCUACUCACCUGCAUCAUGGACUCACUUUCACCUGCACCACCACCUACCAGCUCCAGAACCAGAACAAAUCAGCACGGAGCUCUCGUACUCUACAUGUUCUGUAUGGUCCUAGAAACACAUCAGUAUCAGUGUCUCCAUCUGCUUCAGUGCUUUUGGGCAGUUCAGUGUCUCUGAGUUGCAGCAGUGAUGCAAACCCAGCAGUGCUGAACUACACCUGGUACAGAGAGAACGGAGAGCAGAUAGGAACCGGAAACCAUCUCACCAUCAACACCACUGAUUCUACACACAGAGGUUUAUACUACUGUAGAGCUCAAAACCAGCACGGAGAUCACAACUCAUCUGUGGUCCUGGAUCUUCAGUAUGGUCCUAGAAACACAUCAGUAUCAGUGUCUCCAUCUGCUUCAGUGCUUUUGGGCAGUUCAGUGUCUCUGAGUUGCAGCAGUGAUGCAAACCCAGCAGUGCUGAACUACACCUGGUACAGAGAGAACGGAGAGCAGAUAGGAACCGGAAACCAUCUCACCAUCAACACCACUGAUUCUACACACAGAGGUUUAUACUACUGUAGAGCUCAAAACCAGCACGGAGAUCACAACUCAUCUGUGGUCCUGGAUCUUCAGUAUGCUCCACAGGUCUCUCCCUCCUCCAGCUGUAACAGCACUCAGGACCUGAUCAUGUGUUCCUGUGAGGUUCAUGGAAAUCCAUCUCCUAAACUGGAGUGGAGUCUCUCUGGUCACACUGUCUCUCCAUCUGAGGUGACUUCUAUCCAUGUGGAGUCUUUGUGUAACAUGAGUUUAAAAAGCUAUAUUACCAUCCGUCAGUCAUUUAUAGACACACCCACUAUGCAGUGUGUUGGCUCCAACAACCUGGGUGUUGACACACACCUGUUUGAUCCCAUCAUUCCAGAAUGUGGACACACUACAGAACCUCAUCUGGUUCUCUAUCUCUCUGUGGUUCUCCUUCACUGUGUUGGUGUUAUUGGAUUUCUCAUCUACAAACUAAAGCAAUUGUCCAGGAAAAUAAAUUUUCUAGAGAAAGAAGACACUUACUCUUGUCUCGAGCUCUCUGCUGGAGUCCAACAGAGAGACGACAGUAAAUAAGACUAACACCUGAAAGCUGGACGUUUCAUCACCCGAUUUUCAGCCUCAUCAGGAGAAAACAUGGAGGGUGUCUUGCUGUUUCAGUAAAAUAAUCAAUAUUGGGGUAGCACAGUAAAGCAGAGUUCCUAUAACAGCACAUCCCCAAGUAGUUUUUAUUUUUAUACCACAGCAAUUUGUUAACAAUUACAAUUUUGUCACAUUUAAUCUGUUUAAAGAUACAUUUCAUGUUUCCUGUUCUCACUUACAGUAUAGCAGAUAUAAACAAUCACAAGCUUCUGUUUUUACUCUGUAUUGAAGUUAUUCAAAAUCAAAAUGCAGCUACCAAUAAAGCAUAAAAUCCUCUUUUCUGAAAAUGUUGUAAAAA